AUGCGAUCAUCUUCAUUCGUUCUCGCGCUCGUAGCGCUCAUCCUCUCGCUCGUCACCCUGGCAUCAGCAAACCAGCUCGCUCCGGCUGCACCUUCACCCAUUCCUCUCGAAAAGCGUCAGGCCGCCGCUGGUGGUGGUGCCGGCGUCGCUUCUUCCUACACUGGCGUCCAGACCAUUUCCGGCUACACCCCACCGCCGUCAUCCGUCAUCCCUGUUCCCUCGGUCUCGCGAGGAACCAUUUUGACCACCAUCCCCGGUUACGCCAACAGCUCUGGCGCCGGUGCCGCGCUCAACCAGGGUUCGGGCAUGGGUUCCUCCAGCGGUGCUCUCUCGUUGCUUUCCAACUCUCACCUCAUCUCUGGCACUGCCGCCUCCGCCACUUUCAUGUGUGUCGCCGUCGUUGCGGCGGCCGCUGUUCUCCUCUAA